AAUGUUGUAAAACAUGUGAAUAAUUCAACUAAUUUUUCUCCAUUUUUCGAUGCGUAAUUGCAGUUGGCGCACUUCGUUUUCUGCGUCAUUAAAUAUGGUACCUAACACGUAAACCCUCCCCCCCCCUUACGGUCUCUUUGGAAUUCUGGAUUUAUCCUUUUUCGUGGAAUUAUUAGAUGACCGCAAUGUUUAGUAUAAAUACAGGGAUAGUGGGUGCACACAACCAAUUCAGAUCUAACAAUCAAGCUUGCAUCAUAAACAUGAAGACUCUUCUUGUAAUUCUGGGAAUGUUGGUCAUUCUAGGUUUAGCUGUAGCGAUCCCAACACCCGAGGCUGACCCUCACUUUUUCGGAAAUCACGGAGGAUGGGGACAUCAUCAUGGAGGGUGGGGACAUCAUGGAGGGUGGGGACAUCAUGGAGGAUGGGGACAUCACCACCAUCAUCACCAUUAUGGAGGAUAUCCAUAUGGAGGCGGUUACUAUGGAUAAAAACUCAGGAGGAACUGAGACUGGGAGAAAUGUGGAAAAAUAAAUUUAUUCAAACAAAUAUUUUUCUAAAAAUGUGGAAAAAUAAAUUUUUAUCAAACAAAUAUAUUUCUAAAAAUAAAUUUUUAUAUUAAACACUUUCAUGUAUUUUGUGUCGGAACUAACUCCGUUGCUUGUUAUUUCAAGAUAUUGCUCUUUAUCGUGCUUUAAUAUUUUUUGCAUGAAGAUGAAAAAAAUUGGUUGUAAAAAUUAUUUCAAGAAAAUUAUUUAACUGAAACUUAAUAAGAAACCGGUAAAAACACAUUAAACACUGAACUGCAAGCCUGGCUUUUUCAACAAUUUUAAAAAGCAGUUUUAUAAUUCCAAACAAUUUGAACAUUCCUUAUUCAUUCGUUAAAUUCGGUCCUUGGUAGAGAUAGGCAUUGUUUUUUGAACGAACGUCAAUUUUCGUGAAAAAGGGGUUCGUUCAGAAAAAAACGAACGUUUGACGAACAAAAUUGAUUGUUUGAGAAAUAAAAAAAAUAACGA